AUGCUGGGCGGGCUCAGCCAGCCGAUCUCACCGGCACCGCCGCCAGACGCGAAGCGGUAUGCGGCGGAGGACUUCAACUUUGGGGCUCGAAGGACGUGGACGCGGGAAAAAGAGCGGAUCAUCCGGGGCCCAUACGAAUACCUGAACGGGGUCAGGGGCAAGGAGUUCCGGACGCAGAUCAUCAACGCGUUCGAUGGCUGGCUGGAGGUGCCGGUGGACUCGCUGGCCGUGAUCACACGGGUGGUGGGGAUGCUGCACACGGCCUCGCUGCUGGUGGACGACGUGGAGGACUCGAGCAGCCUGCGGCGCGGAUUGCCGGUAGCGCACAACAUCUUUGGGGUGCCGCAGGCGAUCAACAGCGCCAACUACAUGUACUUUGUGGCGCUGCAGGAGGUGCAGAAGCUGCGCAGCCACCAGCGUGCCCUGGCCAUCUUCUCGGAGGAGCUGGUGAGCCUGCACCGUGGCCAGGGCAUGGACCUGUUCUGGCGCGACACGCUGACCUGCCCGACCGAGGACGACUACCUCGAGAUGGUCGCCAACAAGACCGGCGGCCUCUUCCGGCUGGGCAUCAAGCUGAUGCAGGCUGAGUCGCGCUCGCUCGUCGACUGCGUCCCGCUCGUCAACAUUCUCGGUCUCAUCUUCCAGAUCCAGGAUGACUACCGCAACCUGGUCGCGUCCGAAUACACGCUCAACAAGGGUCUCUGCGAGGACCUGUCCGAGGGCAAGUUCAGCUUCCCUGUCAUCCACAGCAUUCGCAGCGAUCCGGCCGACCUGCAGCUGCUCAACAUCCUGCGUCUCAAGACCAAUGACGACGAGGUCAAACGCUACGCCGUGAACCACAUGGACCGCACUGGUUCUUUUGCCUACACCCGCGACGUGCUCGCCGUGCUCACCACCCGCGCCCGCGCCAUGGCCGAUGCCCUCGACGAAGGAAUGGGCCGCAGCCGCGCCAUCCACGAGAUCCUCGACCGGCUGGUCAUCAACUAG